UCGGCUUGCCGUCCCAUCUCAGGACGCGCGUGAGAAACUGCUGCUGAGGAACAUGUUACACUUUACAUUUGUGUUCAUGUUGCAGUUUAUGAUCUCGUUUAGCCAACUGUAAUUCUUUUUGCGUGCAAUACGUGUAACAUGGGCAUAAUGUAAAGCGUAAUAGUGUCGGAUAAUUUGUAUUCCGCGCACAACAGAACUCUCCCUCUCAGAUUUUGACUCGGUUUUUUGCAUUAUAUGCGUUGAUACGCAUGUAUUUGAAAGAUUUUUGCUGUUUUCCGUUGCAUUAAUUGCACAGGAAUGUGCAUGGUUGCAUUUGGGACGCGACGCCAAUGUCUGUGUCGUUGAGAUCCGCGCCUCGGCCGCUUUCAGCUCAUGUCGUGAUCUGUCACUGCUGCCCGUGCUUGCGCUUCGAUAGUUUCUGCAGUAGACAGAAAUCUUGCUGGAGUCGUUACCGAGCUGAAGAAAACCCUGUUGAAGCUCACGCUGAAAUGGGCCGAAAGGAAGGAGAUUACGAUUGGAAGAAAAACACAGACAACAUCCAAGAUGUGUUUGAAUUCAUGGAGGUGCUCGGAUCGGGAGCAUUCGCUGAGGUCUUCAUGGUGAAGGAGAGGAAAACAGGGAAGCAUUUCGCCAUGAAGUGCGUAAAAAAGAAGAACAAAAGGGACCUAAUCCUGGAGAAUGAGAUCGCUGUGUUGAGGAGGAUCCAGCAUGAAAAUGUUGUUUGCUUGGAGGAUUUCUAUGAAAGUCGGACGCAUUACUACCUUGUCAUGCAACUAGUUUCAGGAGGAGAACUGUUUGAUCGGAUUCUGGACCGCGGCGUGUACUCUGAGAUGGAUGCCAGUGUGGUUAUCAGACAGGUGCUGGAGGCGGUCAGCUACCUGCACGAGAGCGGCAUAGUUCACCGGGAUCUCAAGCCUGAGAAUCUGCUGUACUACAGUCCUGAUGAAAACUCUAAGAUCAUGAUCAGUGAUUUCGGCCUGUCGAAGAUUGAAGAGAAUGGAAUCAUGUCCACCGCCUGUGGAACUCCAGGAUAUGUGGCUCCUGAAGUGUUGGCUCAGAAACCCUACAGUAAAGCUGUGGACUGCUGGUCUAUUGGAGUUAUCGCAUACAUUCUGCUCUGUGGAUAUCCUCCUUUCUAUGAAGAAACAGAGACUCGUCUGUUUUCUAAAAUCAUGAAGGGGCAGUAUGAGUUUGACUCGCCCUUCUGGGAUGAUAUUUCUGAGUCUGCCAAAGACUUCAUCCGUAACAUGAUGCAGAAGAAUCCCAAGAUGCGUUAUACUACAGAACAGGCUCUACGACACCCAUGGAUAAUCGGUAAGACGGCCCGGAGUCAAGACAUCUACCAUUCUGUCAGCGUGCAGAUCCAGAAAAACUUUGCCAAAUCCAAGUGGAAGCAAGCUUUUAAUGCUACAGUGGCCAUUCACCACAUGAAGAAGCUUCAGAUGGCUCAUUCUGAGGCCUCUAUGAGACAGAACCAGACCCCUCCUUCUGUACCUGAGAUCAAGGUCAUCACAACAUCCACACCUGAAGCUGUCCGCAAGAAGCUGUUCACAGAGACCCCCGAAUCAAACCACAACACGCCCAGUAACCAGAUAAAUAUUCCAGCCAGUUCCACUGAGUCGAAGAGUCAGUACCACCCGGUUCGGGUCAGUCACAGCGAGACCACCCAUGUUGGAACCCUCACCAUCGUAGAGAAGUGCAAACACGUCUAUCACUCUGAGCCAGCUGAUCUGAAUGGGUAUGCAAAAAGAGGCUCCGGUCGUAACGGGCAGAACCUGCAGACCGGAGUUUGUUCCGUCAUGUGAUCUGCCGUAAUGGAAUGAUGAAGUCAGUUUGAUUGGUCUGUGAUCUCUCACCCAGCCACCGGCUGCUUUCUAUGGUCAGGUCCGUUGCUCUGCGCCCCGGGCGGGAGCGUUUGCAUGCCAUCGUCCUCCAGCCGUUCUGAAACACUGAGGUUUAGGAGAGUGCCUCCAUAUCUGCACAUGUACUCACGAUGCACGAGCACAGGCUGUCACACACACACACACACACACGCACACACACACACACACACACACACGCACACACACACACACACACUGGUUCAGUAUCUUUGACGCAGGUUAGCUUCAUUUGUUGGUGCUGAAGCUUUGAAUUUUCCAGUGAGGAAACUGUUUCACAUUAUGGUUUAUUAAUCUCUCUGUAUUAAAAGAUUUGGAACUAGGGUCAGUGUUAUUGGACGCUUGUGUUGAGGAGUAUUGAGAGUUUGAUUCUGUGUUUUUGUAUGUAUAAUCUCUGUAAAGUUUGGCUUCGGUUGCUUGUGACUGUGUGGUAUAAUUUACUGCAGUAAUCCAUGGCAGGUUUAUAACACUGUUGCUUUACUGUAAACUCUAUUUAUCGAUAGGUUAUUGUAAAUCGACGGACGUCAUAAGAAAGGUUUCAUUUAUCUAGAGUGAAUGUUUAUUUUUCUAAUGCCAUAAAUUAUUAUUGUACAGUGUGUAUAUUUUUUCCCGUUAUUUCAGAAAUCCAUCAAAUAAUGUUAAUUUUGUUGUGUGUUCAGUAAAGCAGUCAUAUACCUAAAUACAUUAACUUGACUGUUAUAAAUACUCACAAAUGUGUAUGUUGUAAGAGAUUAUGGUUAAGUGUCCUCUUCAGAAAAGUUCAUGUUGUUUAGACUGCUAAUGGCAAUGCUUUGUGCAAUAUUUGUACCAAUAAAUUCUGAGAUGCAUCCCUUUUCUUUGCAUGCUUGGAUUAGCUGUUUAUUGUUACUUGAAAUAAUCUCUCAUGUUAUCUCAAAUAUGACGUUAUUUUUAAUGAUCAAUUAUCACGGAUAAAAUAAUUUACGAUAACAAUAUCAUUGUGAUAAAUAUUGAAAUUCACAAAAUGAAUAGUGCUCUUGGUCAAAUUCCAAAUAUUUCAUUUAGAUUAUUUUGUCUUUUCUCUUUUUUUGCCGAAUGAUUCAUUCUCAACCUUUGAGUCUAGGCACACAAAUGUUUGCAUUGCUCCAGUUAAAAAAGGAUUUGACUGACCUCAAUACGGUACACCUGGUUGACCUGUACUAUAUGAGUGCAUGUCACUCGUCUGAUCUCAGAUUAACACGAGACACGAGUCAAAUGGUCUGUCCAUCCACAUUGCUGAGUGUGCAUUAACACACAGAGGACAGCAGAGGAUGUUAUGAUGGUCUGUCGUCCUGUGAUUGGUCAACUGAUGCUUCAAGAUAUUCACAUACUAUCACACAUAUACUGUUCAAGCUAUAUAAGAAAUGUAUGCAAAUAAAAUAUAUGCAAUA